AUGAUUCCACCCCCAACUGAUGCUGCGUUAAUUCAUGAGCACGCAUACCAGGAUACAGGCGACCUAAGCUAUGUACUCCAUCUGGACACAUUUACAGACGCUGGUGGAUACAAACCAAUUUUGAAAUAUGGGUUAGGGUUCUUUAACUACCAUUUGGCACACGAUGAUGAAAUAUAUGAGAAAUCGUGGCUUGAGAUGCUUCACUUUCACAUCCGUGAACGCUUCUUAUUCUAUGCAUUUAUCUUUUUGAUUUUAGGCCUUGUUUGGUCUAUUAUUCUCAUGAUACAAGUUAACCACGCGGGCCAAUUUGCAUUUGGGAAGAAGAAGACGUUGAAGAAGCAGGAGGACCUGGAGUUCCAUCACAUUAAAGUAUAG